AUGGAGGAGUACCCAGUACUUGAAAUUACUAAUGAUUUGUGGAAAUCUAAUAAAGAACUGUUCUAUUCAGGUUUAUACUCUUCAUUCUCUUUGUCUCUAUGCAGUGGCAGUUUGACAAAGAGGGAUUUUGAGCAGUAUAUGGCAGAAGAAUCAUUCAUUAUGAACGCCAUUGCUGAAGGGUACGCAAUUGCUCGACAAUAUGCCUCUAAAGCUAGUUCAUAUAUCCUUGGUGAGCUGAGUCUCCAACUCAAGAAGGAAGUCGAGGACAGGAAGAAGAAAUUUGAGCACUUUCUUGGCAGUCAAUUUCGAAUCAAAGAUCUCGGACCCUUGAGAUACUUUAUUGGUGUUGAGGUGGCACGAUCAAAAUCUGGAAUUUCUAUUUGCCAACGGAAGUACACCCUUGGCAUUUUGGCAAAAGCCGGAUUACUUGGAGCCAAACCAGUCAAAGUUCCUAUGGACCAUGAUCUGAAAUCACUUAUGAGUCAGUUCAUGCAAGAACCUAGACAUCAACGUCUUGAUGCAGCAUACCGUCUUCUCUACUACCUAAAGGAAGCUCCAAGUCAAGGGUUACUUUUUCCUUCACAGAAUCAGUUAAGGCUGAUUGGUUAUUGUGAUGCAGAUUGGGCCAGAUGCCCAAUCACACGCAGAUCAGUCACAGGUUAUUGCAUAUUUCUUGGUAAUGCGCUUGUGUCUUGGAAAAGCAAGAAACAAGUUACAGUUGCACGAUCAUCAGCCGAAGCAGAAUAUCGUUCAAUGGCUACAACCACAUGUGAACUAACUUGGCUGAGACACACAAGUCCAACAUUUGCCUAG